CUUUGAGCAAAACAGACACCAACAAAGCAACAAUUGCUGCUUCCUCGGUGUUUUUCACUCUGGCUUUCAGGCCAUGGCUACGAGGAAAAUUAUAGCUAUAUGUCAGUCAGGAGGUGAGUUUGUGACCAAUAAUGAUGGAUUAUUGUCAUACAAUGGGGGUGAUGCCUAUGCAAUAGACAUUGAUCAUGAGACAAGGUUGAGUGAAUUUAAGUCAGAAAUAGCAGAAAUGUUCAACUGCAAUGUAGAUACGAUGAUUAUCAAGUAUUUCCUUCCUGGCAAUAAGAAGACACUAAUUACAAUAUCAAAAGACAAGGAUUUGCAACGCAUGGUCAGUUUCAUUGGGGAUGCUAACACGGUUGAUGUGUUUGUUAUAUCAGAGGAAGGAGCAGCUCGAAAUACAUCCAACAUGCCUGGUAGUAGGUCAAGCAGGACAACUGUCUCAGAAGCUGUUGUACCUGUUGUUGCUCCUAUUGAUGCCGUUGUUGAUGCUGCACAAUGCAUUGAUCAAUUUGAGAUAGAUGUAGUUAAUGAAGCCCCUACACUUUCCGUUUGUUCUGGGGCCAAUGAUGACAAGCAUCGUAAAGCUGCACAACAGUGGGAAAAUACCAUCACUGGUGUGGACCAAAGGUUUAAUAGUUUUAGUGAAUUCCGAGAGGCAUUGCAUAAAUACUCUAUAGCUCAUGGGUUUGCUUACAGAUAUAAAAAAAACGAUAGUCAUCGUGUCACAGUCAAAUGUAAAUCUCAAGGAUGUCCCUGGAGAAUAUAUGCAUCAAGGUUGUCAACCACCCAAUUGAUUUGCAUUAAGAAAAUGAACACAAAUCAUACUUGUGAAGGAUCUGCUGUUAAAGCUGGGUAUCGGGCAACUAGGGGUUGGGUGGGAAGUAUUAUAAAAGAGAAAUUGAAAGCUUCACCCAAUUACAAGCCAAAGGAUAUUGCAGAUGACAUAAAGCGGGAGUAUGGUAUUCAGUUAAAUUAUUCUCAAGCAUGGCGUGCAAAAGAAAUUGCUAGAGAGCAACUCCAAGGCUCUUAUAAAGAGGCAUAUACCCAGUUACCAUUCUUCUGUGAGAAGAUAAAAGAGACCAAUCCAGGGAGUUUUGCAGCAUUCACAACUAAAGAGGACUCAAGCUUCCAUCGUCUCUUUGUAUCAUUUCAUGCCUCAAUAUCUGGUUUCCAGCAAGGCUGUCGCCCUCUCCUUUUCCUUGACAGAACUCCUUUAAACUCAAAAUACCAAGGGGAAUUAUUGGCUGCAACAGCUGUGGAUGGGGAUGAUGGCAUUUUUCCCGUAGCCUUUGCUGUUGUAGAUGCCGAGAAUGAGGACAACUGGCAUUGGUUUCUGCAGGAGCUGAAAUUGGCAGUAUCAACAUCUGAGCAGAUUACUUUUGUUGCAGAUUUUCAGAAUGGUUUGAAAAUGUCAUUGUGUGAGAUAUUUGAGAAAUGCUACCACGGCUAUUGUUUACGCCACCUUGCCGAGAAACUGAACAAGGACUUGAAGGGACAAUUCUCUCAUGAGGCCAGACGUUUCAUGAUUAAUGAUUUUUAUGCUGCUGCUUAUGCAUCGAAAUUGGAGACUUUUGAACGUAGUAUUGAGAAUAUUAAAGGUAUUUCUCCUGAAGCCUACAAUUGGGUCAUACAAAGUGAGCCAGAGCACUGGGCCAAUGCAUUUUUUGAUGGAGCAAGGUAUAAUCAUCUGACAUCGAAUUUUGGACAGCAAUUUUACAGUUGGGUGUCAGAGGCACAUGAGUUGCCUAUUACUCAAAUGAUUGAUGUAUUACGAGGUAAAAUGAUGGAAACAAUUUACACACGGCGGGUUGAAUCGAAUCAAUGGGUGACAAAAUUGACACCUUCCAAGGAGGAAAUGCUCCAAAAGGAAACAUCAGUUGCUCGUUCACUUCAAGUGUUGCUCUCACAAGGUAGCACAUUUGAGGUCCGUGGAGAAUCUGUUGAUAUUGUUGAUAUUGAUCAUUGGGAUUGUAGCUGCAAGGGAUGGCAACUAACUGGGGUGCCUUGCUGUCAUGCCAUUGCGGUCUUUGAAUGUGUUGGUAGGAAUCCAUAUGAUUAUUGUUCCAGAUACUUCACAGUUGAGAAUUACAGAUUAACAUAUGCAGAAUCAAUUCAUCCUGUGCCAAAUGUUGACAGACCAGUCCAGGGGGAAUUGGCUCUGGCAGUUACUGUAACUCCUCCACCAACCAAGCGGCCUCCAGGUCGGCCAAAAAUGAAGCAGGUUGAAUCGAUAGACCUAAUUAAACGUCAGCUUCAGUGCAGUAAGUGCAAGGGACUUGGACACAAUAGGAAGACGUGCAAAAAUGGCAUAGUAAGCAGUUCUCUCGGUCUGUCUGGGAAUCUAUAUUGAAGCAAAAUGCACAUCUUUGAGCAGCAGCCAUUUGCAACCACUGUAGAGAAUUGGCUUAGGAGAGACAUUUUAGUGUCCGUAUGGGAUUUGGUUCGAAUCUCCAAAUUCAUGUGCUGGCUAUCUAGAGAUUAUCUAAUUUUGGUAUUAGUCAGUUUUUUCUUGUUUUACCCUCUCAAAUGAUAUUUGGCUGAGAACAAAUUACUUCAUGAUGUGAAGUAUAUAGAGUUUGUAUACUGUUAACGUAGAACCAAAACAACGAGUUCUCUUCUCAGUAUAGGCUGUUUUCUAUUUUAUUUAAAUUUAUUGAUUCAAUGGAAUAUAUUGUGUUUGCUGAAGACAUUCAGUUCUCUUUUCAGUCAUCGAAGUUGGAAAAGAAUCAUGUGAUUGUCUCCUGAACAUGAUAACCGGUACAAGACAUCUAGAUAUGUUGAGGAAUGAAGGAUAAUACAUGCUGCAAGAGAGCUCGUGUGAAGUCUCUCAUUGUAGUUCUUUCUGAAUAAUAUCUUUAUGAUGAUAUUAGAUUCCUUUUCUCCGAGCAAAUUUGUCCGAGACAGAUGUAGUAGUUUUGUUUUCAGAUCUUGAUGUGGUUUUUACUCAUUCAGUUGCGUAGUAGUCGUCACGGUUGCAAGUAAUUGGGCAAAAUUUUGUAGCAUGACAUAAUUGGUUCCUUAUGGCU